CCUCGAACUGAGGUCUUCAAGUUGAUCCAUCGCGCCCACUUUGCGCGUUAUCUUCUGACCUAGCCACACAUCAUCCUUCAACAUGGCGUGGCGCAAUCAAGGCAUUACAGGAUCGAAUAACAUUCCCCUCGGCAACCGUCGUCGAUUCGGAGGCGAAGGCAAUGGUGACUCGCAAAAUGGCAGCUUCGCAGACUCUCCAGCAUAUGGAGAUUCGGGCAAGCGUGGGCGAAGUCCUACCAGAGCUGAGCCUGCCGCCGACGGUGUGAAGAGGCGCAGAAAGCGAAACCGAUGGGGUGAAGCUGGCGAGAACAAAGCCGCGGGCCUCAUGGGUCUUCCUACGAUGAUCCAGGCAAACAUGACAGCAGAACAGCUUGAUGCGUACACCCUUCAUCUACGAAUCGAAGAGAUCAGUCAAAAGUUGCGCAUCAACGAUGUUGUUCCCGCGGAGGCCGACAGAUCCCCAUCGCCACCUCCGCAAUACGACAACUUCGGUCGCCGCGUCAACACUCGAGAGUUUCGAUACCGCAAACGUCUGGAAGAUGAAAGACACAAGCUCAUUGAGAAGGCCAUGAAGACCAUCCCCAACUAUCACCCACCAUCUGACUACAGACGCCCAACCAAGACCCAAGAGAAGGUCUACGUGCCUGUGAAUGAUUAUCCCGAGAUUAACUUUAUUGGGUUACUGAUUGGACCUCGUGGCAAUACCUUGAAGAAGAUGGAAACCGAAUCAGGAGCGAAGAUUGCCAUUCGAGGCAAAGGCUCCGUCAAGGAAGGCAAAGGACGAUCUGACGCAGCACAUACCAGCAACCAGGAAGAAGACCUACACUGUCUCAUCAUGGCCGACACGGAAGAAAAAAUCAUCAAGGCCAAGGCGUUGAUCCACAACGUUAUCGAGACCGCCGCCUCAAUUCCAGAAGGCCAGAACGAGCUGAAGCGCAAUCAGCUUCGAGAGCUGGCAGCCCUUAACGGAACUCUACGCGACGAUGAGAACCAAGCUUGUCAAAACUGUGGUCAAAUCGGACAUCGCAAAUACGAUUGCCCCGAGCAGCGCAACUUCACUGCCAACAUCAUCUGCCGAGUCUGUGGCAACGCCGGCCACAUGGCCAGAGAUUGCCCUGACAGACAGCGUGGCACCGACAUGCGCAACAAUAUCCCUGGGGGAUUUCAACAACGUCGCUUGGGUCCGUCCGAUGCUGUCGACCAAGAAAUGGAGAACCUCAUGCAAGAACUAUCGGGAAAUCCUUCUGGACCACCUGCGGGUCGCAUCGAGGCCGCGCCUGGCGGUUACGACCAGCAAGAUUCGUAUGGUGGUGGUGGCGGCGGCGACUCACGACCAUGGGCGAGACAGCCCACAGGGGCGCCUGCACCAUGGCAGCGAGAACGCCCGGACCGCGACGCCGGAUCUUCACUUCCACCAUGGCAGCAAAGUCGUCAAGCAGAUUAUGGGUCUGCUCCAGCCCAUCAAGCUGCACCUUGGCAACAACAAGCUCCUCCAGGCGGACAAAGCUAUGGUUACAGUGGUUAUCCUGGCUAUGAUCCCCAGACUGCUUAUGGUGUCCCGCCUCCUCCCGCUGCGCCUCCCGGUAUAAGCUCUUUCUUACAGCAGUACGGCCAGGCUCCUCCUCCUCCACCGGAUGGAGCCGCUCCACCGCCACCGCCCGAUGCGCAGCCACCUCCGCCGAGCAAUGACUACAUCCCCCCUCCACCGCCGCCCCGAGGAUAGUUUACUAUGAGGUCGGACUCAAGUCGAAUAUGAUGCUUGGGUAACGACUACCGGACAGAAGGACUUUGAUUCCAGCAAUAGGAAACAAUUUGCAGGAGGGCUCUCGGGGGAUCUUGCUUUCAAUCUCUUUGGCUGGACUAGGCGAUUUCUUCAGUUGGUUUUGUGGGCACGGAAAAUUGUUUGAAUACUAACAACAUCUUAAAACGUCAAACUGCACGACGCUUAUGCUUGAUCAUUGUUGUGUACUUACCGCAGGUAAGUCGGCCUCCUGCGGUCGCAGCUGACUUCCAACACCCAAAGUACCUGGAUUUCUUUGGCAAGGCAUAGCUUCGAGCAACAACGAAAUUCAUUGCAUUAAUAUAUUUCUAUCAAGAUUCUA